AUGGAGCGGGCUCCAAACCUGCUUCUCCUCUGCAUCUUCACCAUCGUCCUGGUCCCUGAAGCAAAGGACCAAAGCAAGGCAGCAAAGGGCAGGAGAAGGGGCCUGGCACGGCCCCCCACGGCCACCCCUGCCCUCGCUUGGGCCCCAGACGACCCCUAUACCACCAUGGCAGACUAUGAGCGCAGCAUCCAGGACAUGGUACGCCAGCUGAGGAACAGCUCUGAGCCAGGUGACACCAAGUGCCAGGUCAACUUGAGGCUUUGGAGGUCCAACCGGAGGAGCUUGUCCCCCUGGACCUACAGGUGCUCAGCCGCCCACUGCUCCCCAUCUCGCUGUCUCUCCAGCCUUGUCUCACCUUCUCUCUCCUCCAGCAUAAACCAUGAUGCAACACGGAUCCCAGCAGAUAUCCCUGAAGCCCGAUGCCUCUGCACUGGCUGCAUCAACCCCUUCACGAUGCAGGAGGACCGCACCAUGGCCAGCAUUCCCAUCUACAGCCGGUUACCUGUCCGCCGGCUGCUCUGCCAGGCGCCAGGUGAAGCGGGGCACAAGCCCUCCGGGAAGAAGAAUUGUCCCAAGAAGUACCAGAUGGUCAUGGAGACCAUUGCUGUGGGCUGCACCUGCAUCUUCUAAGGCUGCAAGGCUAACCCCUGCAGAUGCUCACAGGCAUCUAACCAGCUUGCUCUUGCUUCCUGAGCUUGCCCAGCCCCCUGGGAGAGGGCCACCUGGAGCAUCAGGGUGAGAAGAGCCCCUAACAAGAUGAUGGCCACCCCCAAGAGCUCCCCGAAAAUGCUCCUGCAGACUCCUAUCCACAGCUUCAGCCCAAGCAGCCACUCCGGAGACACCCAGUGUGGGGGCAGCCCCUGCAAGUCACCCAGCUACGUGGUGCCAUAGCUGGCCUCGCAGUGAGGCACCACCCCGAGCCCCCUCACCUCCAGGGAGGAGCUCAGCAGGGUGGGCUGGGGGAGAGAGUCAGGCUGGGCAGGAUCAAGCCUCCUCCCUCCCCGAAGUCCCCAUUUGUCCAUGUUCACUUCAUCGGUGCAACAGCCCUGGGAGCCCCUGGUCCUUCCCAGUCCUCCCCAGCCUACCUACAAGAUCCUCUGCAGCAGGUCAGGCAGCCCAGUGAAUGGGCCAAGUGGUGGUUUGGGCAACUUCUGAGGUCUUCAAUAAAGUGCAUUGCUGGCCGCCGUCUGAGCCGCCCCCUGCCUUGGCUCAUCAUGCUGCCCCUCCGGCCCUGGUUGCCCCGGGGUGGGUGCUGCCCAGCCUUCUCCCAGCAAGUCUCUUCUGCCCCCCAAAACACAGCCAAGUCCCAGGCUCAGGGAGCUCCAGACACCCCUGGAAACAGAGA